GACAGGGAAUGAAAGGCAGAUAGUCUUUCGGUUUAUGAGGUCAAUUCACAAGCUUAUAGGACCAAAGUUAUAUUUCCGGAAGAUUCAUCGCUGAAAAAGGAAACGGUCACAUGGCGUAAAUAAAUAAACUAAACGAAUGAAGUUGCUUACAAGCUGCCUGGACUUCACAAGAGAAACACGAACCACCUCAGCAAACGUCAGUCGAAGACAAAUAGAUAAAUGGCAGUGUUGAAUGGGGUGAGGGAAAAGAGAGGGUACAAAAAAGAAGUAGUUUUGUCAUGGGAGGCAUUUCUUAAAGAAUUGUGUGUGAUUAUUGUCCGAAUAGGUGGUACGUAUAUAUGCCCUCACAAAUGUUUGUAGACUUUCUUAGAACGCGUUCAAUCAUCCUUGAGUCUUAUUUUAACAAGUACCUAAACUGGUAAACAGUGUUUCUGCAACAUAUCGACACGGACUGAACUCAAGCCUCGUGAUGAAUCUUUUGAUCUGGGAUGUGAUCUUCCUUCUUACCGGCACCUCGUUUACCUGUGGACAAGUGCAGGAGAAUUCCACCAUGGCCCUAGUGAAACAUCCCUUGGCAGCAGCAGUUCGCUCUCAUUUUGAUGACUGUCCUGACUCUCACAGCCAGUUUUGUUUCCAUGGUACCUGCCGCUUCCUGAUUCAAGAGGAGACUCCAGCUUGUAUCUGUCACCCUGGCUUUGUGGGGAUGCGAUGUGAGCAUGCAGACCUGCUGGCAGUGGUGGCCACUAAUCAAAAACAGCAGACUAUGGCCACUCUACUGGUGCUGUGCGUUGUCAGCUGUGUGCUGCUGAUCUUGCUGUGCUCCCUCCUACAGUGCUGUCGAAGACAGGGGACAUGUAGGUGGGGCCAGGCAAUGCCCUGUCACCCAGAGAAACCCAGCAGCUUCCUGAAGGGAGGGGCCGCCUGCUGCCACACAGAAACUGUGGUUUGAGAUUUGGACUUGCCUUUGCCUUUUCGGGUUAUUUUGUUCUCCUGUCAAGAUGACUUCACACAACAUCUGUGAAGCACAACAUAAAGGCCAUGCUGGAAUGUCCGCAGACAGCAAAACAAAAAAACAACAAAAAAAAAAAAACAGAAGAAAAAAAAAAACCAGAGGAUACCUUGAUAAAAGCAUUUCCAUAUUCACCAACAUUUUUUUAUGGUUUUUUAUUUUUUCUGAGAAGUUCACAAUAAGAGCAUAAAGACGAAAACCAGGAUUACAAAAAUUUGAAGGUUGCCACACAGAAAGAGGAAAAGAACAAAGGGGACUGAUGAAGACAUCCAAACUGCUUCUGCACUGUCUUCUUAAUCUACAUCUUGUUAUACAGUGGAAGUAACCAAUAUACUUACUGGACUGAAAUGGACAUGGAGUCCAUUUCUGAACUUUGGAAGAAAUGUACCACAGGACAAAGACCAUCUCUGGUCCACCUUAUAGAAAUAUGCGCUGUGGAAAGGGGAACUUGUUUGGAAAUAUAAGAGCCAAAUGUCACUAAAACUCUUGACAUCUGUCAGCCCAACAUCUGUCUUUUAAAUUAAUAACACUCAU